AUGACUCCUGACGAUAACCUUAAUGGUAUCGUUCAACGUCCUCCGGAAAUUUGUGUUGACUAUCUUUCUCAUGAGUGGAAUGAAGAGGAUGAUAUUUGGACUUCUUGGAGAGUCAUGUCAAAGCAGAAAAAGGAAAUCGCUAAUGGAAUCCGUCUAGAAAAUGCUUCAUGGAGAACUUGGGCUAAACAAAAGUAUAAACUAAGAACUGUAAACCCCGAAAGGCUUAAUUGGCUUAAAGAUAGUGAUGUGACUUGGUUAUAUGGCCCUUUACAUACUGCUUGGCAUUCCGAAAAUGAAAAAAAUUAUCAAAAAUCUCCAACAACUGAAGAUGAAUUAAAUUUAUUACCUUCUUCAACACACCAUAAAUCAUGUUUGAAAAAGAAAUCCAUUUCGGAGACUUUACGUCCUAGAGGUAGAACCAAUUUGGUCUCUAGUAAUUCUGAUACUCAAUUAUAUAAAAGAAUUCGGGAAAAAAAAGAUGAUGAUAGUGAUAUUAGCGAUUGUGAUACUUUUUCUACCUGUUCUUCGAUAUCUGGUCCUUCCACUCCUUUAACUGGUCCUACAAGAUCUUCGUUAUUACCUCCUGUCUCCGAAGACAAUUCUAGUCAUCAUCAUCAUAUUCGUUUUAAUGAUCAAGUUGAACAAUGUUUAGAAAUGAAAAUCUCUUUAAAAAAGAAAAAGAAAGGUUAUCCUAUUAUAUGUAAACUUGCUCCCACAAAAUUAAAAUCUGAUGCUAUUAAUUAUAAUGUAUAUUCGAGUAUCAAACGUAAUACAACUACACCAUCUACUUCAUAUGAUUCAACACCAUCUUGGAUGUGUGAUGAUGAUGAUUUCGAUGUAGAUGACAUAGAUGUGGAUAUGUUUGAUUAUUUUGACCUUUCAACACCGUCACAUACAAUACCAAUAAUACCAUCAGUACAAACUAUUUCAUUAAAUAAUCAAGAUUCGGGAAUAAUACCACGUUCACAAAAUGGUCAAGAUGAUCAAGAGCAACCUUUAAAUAAAGAUGAAUCCAUCGAUCAAGGAAUUGUGGUCAAAGCUGUGCACAUUGCUCAUGGUGUUCGAGAAAUUGAGAAAUACGAGAAAGAUGAAAAAUGA